UCAGACAUGGCCGAAACAACCGGAGAGGGAGCGCCAGGAGGAGCGUUUUUCCACAAAGAGAGGAUCAAAUACAGCCCGGAGGAGGAGGCCAGGCUGGAGAGGCAGCACUUCUGGAGGAUAAUCGAUGCUUUUAGGUUUUACAGGGUCCAUGUCGAGGAGCAGGUCAAGCGGGCCGAGCGGCAGUUUCGGAGCCUGCCUCAGCACCACCAGGAUCUGCUGCCAGAUGUUCUGUCCAACCUGGCCCGGAUCAGCCAGUGUGCGGACCACAACCAGGAGUUGCUGCAGGCCAUCAUUCACAACAGCCUCCACAUGUUUGAGAACAUCGAGUACGGCGAGAGG